AUGCCAGAUGAGAUUUUCUUAGAAAUCUUUGAUUAUAUAUCAAGUUGUGAUUUAAUCUAUUCAUUUUAUAAUUUAAAUAAACGUUUAAAUUCUAUUAUUCAUGGCAUUUGUCUACACCUUGAUCUAUCAUAUAUACAAAAGAAAUUGUUUCUAUAUACAUGUCAUUAUAUAUUACCAAACUUUCAUCAACAAAUUUGCUCAAUAAAAUUAUCAAAUAAACAAACCAUAGAUGGAAUUGACUAUUAUCUUGAACAAACAAAAUAUAGUGAACACGAACAAGUGGAAACAUUAGUAUUAACUGAACCAACAAUCGAACAAUUAACAAGAUUAAUUUCUUAUUUUCCACUUUUAAGAAUAUUGGUAAUUAAAACAACAGAUUAUUUAGUUAUACCAAUAGAAUUUAUUUCGGAAUCUGUACGUAUUUGUCGAUUAUCGAAUUGUCAAAUUGAUAUUCUAUCAUCGAAUAUUUCAGAAAAAAAUUAUUUUAUUGAAGAAUUCAAUUUCAAAAUACCUGAUAUAAGCAGUCUUUUUAUUUUAUUACAUUCCAUGAUCUAUUUAAAACAUUUAACAUGUCAAGUCUCAGAUAAUUCUUCAAUAAUAUUUAAUUUAAAUCAAACUUUUCAAAGACCUUUAUUAUUAUUAAAUUAUUUAAAAUUAAAUGUAUGCUCAAUACCAUUUAUGUAUAUUGAAUAUCUUCUGGAUUUAUGUCCAAAUUUAGUAUCCUUUAUUUAUACAUAUACGACCGGUACGGAAUCGUCUUAUGACAAUGAACACAUUGAUAACGAACGUUGGAAUAAUUUAUUUACAAAUAAAUUAAAUCAAUUGAAAAUUUUCGAUUUACAUAUAUCAUUAAAUAUUGAUCCUCAACGUCAUCUUAUUUUCAUAACAAAAAAAUUUCAAGAUCUAGAUUUUUUUCUUAAAAAUAAUAUUCGAAUUAUUUAUGAAAUAACAUCCUAUAAACAUAUUCUAUGCACCAUACCAUAUAUGAAACCACAUUCGAAUAAUUCUAUUAAGAAAUCAUCGUUAAAAACUAUGUCCGAUGCAUAUUUACGUAUACAUCAUUUUGAUUUAGUAUUAAAUCAAACAAUAAUUCAUCAACAACAACAUACCAUACGUUGUCCACUCGUUCAUUCAUUUUAUUUAGGUCUCUAUGAAAAUAUAACACCGAUUGAACAUCAAUCACGUUUAUUAUUGAAUCAAUCGAUAUCAUUUGUUUAUUUAAAACAUUUCGAAUUACACGGUACAUGUUUAACAGAUGGUUUUGUUGUACAAUUAUUAACUAAAAUGACAAAUUUAAAUUCUUUAACAUUGCCAUUAAAUCAUCUGAUAACAUUUCAAACUAAUGAAGUCAUGCGUCAAAAUAUGAAACGAAUUAAAAAGUUACAAUUAACUUUGACAGAAAGUUUAUCAAUUGAUUGUUUAAAAAAUAUUCUAAUACCUAUUUUUCCUAGUUUACAUUCAAUGAGCUUUGCUGUUGAUAAUAAAAUACAUUCAUUUGAGAAAAUUUUAUUAACAAUUAUUGGACAAAAUGAUAAUGAUAAUUAUUUAAAAUAUUUAAUGUUUCUAGAACUUUUUGCACUUGAUCAAGAUUGGGAUAAUGCAAAUUUGAUUCACCUUAAAAAUAUUAUUCGUUAUAAGAGUAAUUAUCGUUUUCUUUAUGUUUGGUUAUAA